AUGUAUCAGUCUAUACACGGACAGGUGGAGACAGAGAUUUGGUGUAGUGAGUGUUCCACCACUCUACUGUCUGGUAACUGUAAACCUGGACCAACACCAGGCUCCUUCAUCUGUACCUCCCACCACCACCCCCAGGGGGCGCUGCCAACACACACCCCUCUCCGAGACCUGCCCAAAAACAACCCUACUACCCUUGCUGCCUCCAAAUACACCCCUCACCCUCCUCCCACUGUCAAGACCACCCCUCUCUCAGACCUCUCCAAGAAUACCCCCGGACCCAAAUAUACCUCUCACAUUCCUCCCAAUGUCAAGACCACCCCUCUCUCAGACCUCUCCAAGAAUACCCCCGGACCCAAAUAUACCUCUCACAUUCCUCCCACUGUCAAGACCACCCCUCUCUCAGACCUCUCCAAGAAUACCCCCGGACCCAAAUAUACCUCUCACCCUCCUCCCACUGUCAAGACCACCCCUCUCUCAGACCUCUCCAAGAAUACCCCCGGACCCAAAUAUACCUCUCACCCUCCUCCCACUGUCAAGACCACCCCUCUCUCAGACCUCUCCAAGAAUACCCCCGGACCCAAAUACACAGACCCCUCAAAAUCCACCCCAGCUCUGACACCCACUAGUACCCCCUCCAAAUAUGGCCCUAGCUGGCUGAGCUCCAAAACCACCACCACCUCUGUCGCCUCCUUGCGGCCCAGCCCGGGGCUCUCCUCCCUGGGCAUAGUGAGCCCUGCAGCCUCUGGACCCACCGCAGUCCCACGGAGCUUCAACACUACAACUAGCGCCACCACUCCCACAGCAUCCAAGACCCAGCAGGCCCGGCUCCAGUUCUUCCAAUCUGGGAACACCCCCACUGGGCAGGAGAACCAGGGCAAGACCCAGACUCAGGGACCGGCACAGAGUCUACCCACAAAUAGAGUCCCGAAUGCCGGCUCGCAGGGGACAGUAGUGGGGGUUGGCCAGGGUGUGAGUGUGGUAGUGAGUUUGGGUGGGGUAGGGGGCAAGGGAGGGGGUUCAGGUUGGGGUGGGGAUAAGGGUGUGAAUGUGGUGGUAGGUGGGGGUACAGGUGGGGACAGGGACGUGGUUCAGGGUAGAGGUAGAGUUGUCUUCAAGAUGGAUAGUGAUGUGAAAGCCUCUCCAUCUAAAGAAGACUGCAGUACCAAGACCCAGGCUGCUGCUGUCAUCACUAAGAAACUAACAGAGAACAACACCACAACAACAGCUGGUGCUGUCAUCACUAAGAAACUAACAGAGAACAACACCACAACAACAGCUGGUGCUGUCAUCACUAAGAAACUAACAGAGAACAACACCACAACAACAGCUGGUGCUGUCAUCACUAAGAAACUAACAGAGAACAACACCACAACAACAGCUGGUGCUGUCAUCACUAAGAAACUAACAGAGAACAACACCACAACAACAGCUGGUGCUGUCAUCACUAAGAAACUAACAGAGAACAACAACACCACAACAACAGCUGGUGCUGUCAUCACUAAGAAACUAACAGAGAACAACAACACCACAACAACAGCUGGUGCUGUCAUCACUAAGAAACUAACAGAGAACAACAACACCACAACAACAGCUGGUGCUGUCAUCACUAAGAAACUAACAGAGAACAACAACACAACAACAACAGCUGGUGCUGUCAUCACUAAGAAACUAACAGAGAGCAACAACACCACAACAACAGCUGGUGCUGUCAUCACUAAGAAACUAACAGAGAGCAACAACACAACAACAACAGCUGGUGCUGUCAUCACUAAGAAACUAACAGAGAGCAACAACACCACAACAACAGCUGGUGCUGUCAUCACUAAGAAACUAACAGAGAGCAACAACACAACAACAACAGCUGGUGCUGUCAUCACUAAGAAACUAACAGAGAGCAACAACACAACAACAACAGCUGGUGCUGUCAUCACUAAGAAACUAACAGAGAGCAACAACACCACAACAACAGCUGGUGCUGUCAUCACUAAGAAACUAACAGAGAGCAACAACACCACAACAACAGCUGGUGCUGUCAUCACUAAGAAACUAACAGAGAACAACAACACCACAACAACAGCUGGUGCUGUCAUCACUAAGAAACUAACAGAGAACAACAACACAACAACAGCUGGUGCUGUCAUCACUAAGAAACUAACAGAGAGCAACAACACCACAACAACAGCUGGUGCUGUCAUCACUAAGAAACUAACAGAGAACAACACCACAACAACAGCUGGUGCUGUCAUCACUAAGAAACUAACAGAGAACAACAACACAACAACAGCUGGUGCUGUCAUCACUAAGAAACUAACAGAGAGCAACAACACCACAACAACAGCUGGUGCUGUCAUCACUAAGAAACUAACAGAGAGCAACAACACCACAACAACAGCUGGUGCUGUCAUCACUAAGAAACUAACAGAGAACAACAACACCACAGCUGGUGCUGUCAUCACUAAGAAACUAACAGAGAACAACAACACCACAGCUGGUGCUUCAAUUCCUCCCUGGCCCCCUGUAGGACUGAAGAAGACUGAGAACAGAUCUCCCUCUCUCAGACCUACCCCUGCUGAAACACCUAAGAAAGAGACAGAGACUCCUAAAAAGGAGACUGGGGGCAGAGUUAAGCUAAAAGCAGACCCUUCUCUCCUCGCCCCCCUCACUCCCAACACAAACACCUCCACCCCGACCCCAGCCAGCAGAACAGGCCUGUGGAACAAACCCCUAGAUAAGGCACCCGGAGCUGCUUCUCCCAGCAACACUAUGGCAACAGCAGACAACAGCAGCUCUCCUGCUGACUGGCGGUCCAGACUCAAACCUGCCUCCAAGCCUGUAGGACCUAAAGACUCCUCUCCCCUCCACCCUGACAUUCAGAAGGCUGAAUCCCUGUCUCGGCCCCGGGCCGGUGGAUCAGGAAACCUCCAGGCUUCAGUCCCUGCUGGGUCUACUCUGGCCCCCUCCAGCCCUCCAGAAGCCUCCUCACCCAGCCCGCUGAACACCGGCCCUGGGACAAGCGGCGUUCUGACAGGGAAGAGCUCAACGACAGCCAACGGCCCCAACACAGACACCAACACACCUAAACCAGGUAAACCAGACUACAUCCCGAAGGAAGAGCUCCUCAGAGAGCUUCAGGAGAUAGAGGACAGUGUUAAUGAGUUGGAGAGGAAAGGAGUGGACCUGGAGAAACAACUACGCUCCUGUGAAGAAGAGGGAGAAGAGGACGUGGUGAUGGAUGACCUGAUGGUGGAAUGGUUCAACCUCAUCAGAAACAAGCAGGUGUCCAUGAGGAGAGAGUCUGAACUGGUGUACAUAGCGAAGACACAGGACUUAGAGGAACAGCAGCCCAGUGUAGAGCAGGAGCUGAGGAGACUCAUGGACAAACCUGAGCGGCUGAAGACGUUGUGGGACCGUCGUAGAGAAGAGGAGUUGAUGGUCAAGCUGGUGGAGAUCGUCAAUGACAGGAACGCCAUCAUAGAAGGACUGGACGAUGACCGACUCAGGGAGGAUGAGGAAGAUGAGCAGCUCAAUAAGAUGAUGAAGAACCUAGACACAAAGAAAGAAAAGAAGAAGAAGUCUAGCUUUAAGUUGUUUGGUAGGAACAAGAAGGAGGGAUGAUCCCACGAGGAGGAACUCUGGGACACACUGUUACACUGCUUUAGAUGUGCUUAUUACUGCUUUGAUAGUUCAUGUAUUGAAGUCUGUUAGCUCUCUGAUUCAUGUGUCUAUAAUAUGCUCCUGCCAGUGUGUGUGUGUGACCCCUCAUUGUCAUCCGUCAUCACACUGUCCUCUGUGUCAAGCUGAAACCCAGUAUAACACCACACAUCCACACUGUGUCUGUCUGUCUGUAUGUAAUGUGUAUGUAAUGUGUGUGUGGUUAGUUAAUCUGUAUGAUGGGGAUUAUGUAGGGAUUAGAAGAUAUCAAAGGAACUCUGGCCUCGCUGUCUAAUAAUGACUCACUGCUAAUGGCUUACAUCACUCACUGUACCGUGUGUCUGUGCCCUUUGACCUCUGCUGUUUUAAAUGUUUACAGGCUAUAGAGAGACGUUGUUUUGUUCAGGGGUCGGACAACUCUUCUUAUGACAUACUAAUCAUCACGUUUUUCUGUAGCUUCAUCUGUCCCAUGGGAUGGUUUAUCUUCUGACUCCAGAUCAGAUGUUAGCGCUGUAAUCGCCCCCUAGUUUGUUUUAUAAUGUUAUGCCCUGACUCCAGAUCAGUGAUGAGUGUCUUAUGAGCUUUUAUUAAACAGCAUUUUGCAUUGAUCAAAGUUAAUGUGUAUAAAUGCUGGCCCUUCAGCCAAAGGGUUUUUAUUCAGUAUAAUAGACUCGCAUUUAACAUUCUGUUAUAAUGAUCAGUGGUGCCUUAGUGACAUCAUAUUCUGUUAUAAUGAUCAGUGGUGCCUUAGUGACUUCACAUUCUGUUAUAAUGAUCAGUGGUGCCUUAGUGACAUCACAUUCUGUUAUAAUGAUCAGCGUGGUGCCUUAGUGACAUCACAUUCUGUUAUAAUGAUCAGUGGUGUCUUAGUGACAUCACAUUCUGUUAUAAUGAUCAGCGUGGUGCCUUAGUGACAUCACAUUCUGUUAUGUUCAGCGUGGUGUCUUAGUGACAUCACAUUCUGUUAUAAUGAUCAGCGUGGUGCCUUAGUGACUUCACAUUCUGUUAUAAUGAUCAGUGGUGCCUUAGUGACUUCACAUUCUGUUAUAAUGAUCAGCGUGGUGCCUUAGUGACAUCACAUUCUGUUAUGUUCAGCGUGGUGUCUUAGUGACAUCACAUUCUGUUAUAAUGAUCAGCGUGGUGCCUUAGUGACAUCACAUUCUGUUAUAAUGAUCAGUGGUGCCUUAGUGACAUCACAUUCUGUUAUAAUGAUCAGCGUGGUGCCUUAGUGACAUCACAUUCUGUUAUAAUGAUCAGCGUGGUGCCUUAGUGACAUCACAUUCUGUUAUUAUGAUCAGCGUGGUGCCUUAGUGACAUCACAUUCUGUUAUAAUGAUUAAUAGUGCCUUAGUGACAUCACAUUCUGUUAUAAUGAUCAGCGUGGUGCCUUAGUGACAUCACAUUCUGUUAUUAUGAUCAGCGAGGUGCCUUAGUGACAUCACAUUCUGUUAUAAUGAUCAGUGGUGCCUUAGUGACAUCACAUUCUGUUAUAAUGAUCAAUAGUGGAAAACAGAAAUGUGGCCAGUUUUAGUCUUGUGGAGAAACCAGGAAAUGAAUGAUUUGACCAGGAAAUGAAUGAUUUUGAUCAGGAAAUGAAUGCGUGAAUGAUUUGACCAGGAAAUGAAUGCGUGAAUAAUUCGAUCCAUAUUGGAUCUGAGUGCGAAUGUGCUAUUCAAAAUGGUCAAUACCUGAGUCGUCAUUGAUGAGGGGAAAUUUGUUUUUGCUAACGGCACUUUUAAUAAAUGACAAGUAACUGUUUUCUUUUUAGAUGGUUGUGUCAGAAUUGAGACAUUUUAUGAAUCGAGAUAAUUGUUAAAUGUACGUUUUUUUCCCCCCCCUCUGUAUAAUUUGUGAGCGGAUUUGUGGUUUUAUCAGAAUGGAGACUUGUCUUUCUAAUUCAACAGUGCUAUUGAAGGAGCUGUAAUCAACUGUGGAAGGCAGACUACAGUUGGACCAAAACCACUAAAAGCGUGUAACUGAUCCUGUGUUCCCUCUGUUCCCAUGUGUCUCCCUGUAUAUACUGUCCUGUGUUCCCUCUGUUCCCAUGUGUCUCCCUGUAUAUACUGUCCUGUGUUCCCUCUGUUCCCAUGUGUCUCCCUGUAUAUACUGUCCUGUGUUCCCUCUGUUCCCAUGUGUCUCCCUGUAUAUACUGUCCUGUGUUCCCUCUGUUCACAUGUGUCUCCCUGUAUAUACUGUCCUGUGUUCCCUCUGUUCCCAUGUGUCUCCCUGUAUAUACUGUCCUGUGUUCCCUCUGUUCCCAUGUGUCUCCCUGUAUAUACUGUCCUGUGUUCCCUCUGUUCCCAUGUGUCUCCCUGUAUAUACUGUCCUGUGUUCCCUCUGUUCCCAUGUGUCUCCCUGUAUAUACUGUCCUGUGUUCCCUCUGUUCCCAUGUGUCUCCCUGUAUAUACUGUCCUGUGUUCCCUCUGUUCCCAUGUGUCUCCCUGUAUAUACUGUCCUGUGUCUCUGCACUGUUUAUUCCUCAUAUCUCCUUUUUUCUUCAAUAAAUUCAAUAAUGAUGGAAAAUUUA